AUGGGUUGCACGCAAUCGACCACCGCCGCCGCCACGACCGAGCCCGUCGUCGCCGACGUGGCUGCCACGGAAGUCGCUGCCACCGAAGUCAUGACCGAAGUCGCUGCCACCGAAGUCGCCGACGUCAAGGAGACCCCUGCGGUCGCCGAGGAGCCCGUCGUCGAGGCCAAGGUCGAAGAGGAAAUCAUCGAGAAGAAGUUUACGAUCGCGUCGACGUCGGUCGAGGCCAAGGUCGUCGUGUACCACAUCUCGGGCGAAGGCCUCUCGAUCACGAAGCGCUUCAACGACUUUAAGGUCUUCCACGCGACGCUGUCGGACGUCUCGGGCCUCCCGGCGCUCCCCGUUGCCGGCUUCUCCACGGUCUUCAAGCGUACGGACGAAAAGCUCAUCCAGGAGCGCAUCGCGCGCUUCGAGGACAUCCUCAACGUCGCCGCCGCCAAGGGCGCGUCCGACCGCGUUGUCGUGUUCUUGACGCCGGCGCCUGAGCCCGUCGUCGAGGCCGCCCCGGCCACGGAAGAGGCCCCGGUCGCCGCUACCGAGGCCGUCGCCGCCACGGAGGUUGUCACUGCCACGGAGGUUGUCGCCGAGGAAGCCCCCAAGACGGAGGAGGUCGCGCCUGUGCCCGAAGUCGUCCCGGAGGUCGCUGCCACCAAGGAGGUUGUCGCGCCCGCCGAAGCCCCGAUCGACGUCACGGCCGAGCCCGCCGUUGAGGAGAAGAAGCCCGUCGUCGUGGCGGUUGCCGACGAAGAAAAGAAGGUUGUUGUCGAGAAGACGCCGGAAGCCGCGCCUGUCGUCGCCUAA